GUGCAGCUGGGGCGACCUGACUCGUUCCAAACUUCUUCCCUCUCGAAGUCUUUUGCCUCUCCGAGAAUUCUGUUGUUUUAGGCGUUGCUCAUCUUUAGGAUCAUUUUCUCUGUCCCCUUCCUCUCUUGAAAAUCUGCUCCAUUCACUCACUCAAUAGAGAAGUUAAAUUGCGGUGUCAGUCUGUUGAUUAUAGAAGAACAUAAUUUCAGUAGGAAGGUUUACGUGUUUGGCUAGUCAGGUCUUCAUUGCAUUUACCUCAUUCUUUAUGAUAUGCUGGUUCAAAGGCGGGGGAAUCAAUCAUUAGCUUUGGAUGCUGACCGGAUAUAUCUCCACUUUGGAUUUUUCUGAGCAGCAAUCAUGAACAAUCAACUUCUCGAAAUCGAACCCAGGAACUGAAUUUUUGUUUCAAUUAAAGAAGCAAAGUUCAUGCUCCAUUCAGCUGGCCAAUAUAACCGAUUAUCAUGUCGCUUUCAAGGUCAAGACGACAGCACCUAAAAAAUAUUCAGUGCGACCAAAUGUUGGAGUUCUUAUGCCAAAUUCUGCUUGUAAAUUCGUAGUGACAAUGCAAGCUCCAAAGGAAGCCCCAGCAGACAUGGCGUGCAAGGACAAGUUUUUAAUCCAGAGCAUAAUUGUUCCUGUUGGAACAACCAGUGAAGAUAUUUCUUCCAGCUUGUUUGCCAAGGAUAAUGACAGACGUGUUGAAGAAAACAAGCUGAAAGUGACCCUGAUCAGCCCUAUCUCUUCACCAGAACUCUCUCCCAUCAAUGGAAACUUCAAUAGUGGUCUUGCUUAUGAAAAGAAUCAGAUAUUUGGCAGAGAGGAAAUCGUUUCCCAAGAACCCAUGGUGGUCCAGAAUGUUGAGCACGAGAUAGUUAAUGAGGAAUUAAACGAUGGAAAAAAAAACGAUGUAAAAGACAAUGAGUUGAAUGCAGAAGAAGAUGAAAGGUCAAAGACUAUGAUGGAUGCGGAGGAACUCAAACCAGAAACAGCAGAAUUAAAAGUGCCGAAAGAUGUGGAGUUCUACAAUGUAACGGAGGAUGCACAGGAAUCGAAGGCAGAAAAAGUGGCCAUGCUAAAUGUGUCAAAGAGUGCGGAGGAGCUAAAAUUAAUGGAAGCUAUUGAAGAGAUAAAGUUUAAACUUGAUAAACUUGAGUCAAAGCUGAAUGAGGCUGGAGCAACGAUAUCAAAGCUAACGGAGGAGAGCAGGCUAGGCAAUCUAGAGACUAAGGCCUUGCAGGAAAAAAUAGCAGCAUUGAGUAAGAGAGGUUCAAGGAAAGUUCAAAUCGGAUUCCCCCUUCUAUACGUCUGUAUGGUGGCACUUGUCUCUCUUUUCCUUGGAUACCGUUCUCACUCUUGAUACUUGCUCAGCAUAAUGUAUAUGCAGCUGCUAACGUUUUGAUUUAGCUUCGAGUUUGUUGGUAGCAAAAGCUUAGAAAUGUUCCAGGUUUACAUGAGGCUCAGAAAUUGUUAUACCCUAUUUUGAUGUAUUCAAGAGGAUUUGAGCCUUGUACACUAGGGGAGCGAUUGACCGAUCUAGUCCAACGUUAUCAAUGUCAUAGUUUGUGUAUAUGCGAAAUUACGCGCAUGAAAAUAUUUGUAAAGGACACAUAGAUAAAUAGCAAUCAAUCAGGCACAUGGUUCCUGCGACUAGAGGAAAUUGCUUUGAGCCACGAGAUCUGGCAACA